AUGGAACAGAACGAAGUUAUGAGUUAUCUGGGUAAGACUUGAAGCGAAAAAAAGGAAAGAUUUGAUCUUUGAAAUUUUAGUAACCAAGAAUGGAGUUUGGGGGCUUCUUUACGUCAGCAGAAAGGUCACAAAAACAGACGGUUUUCAGGCGAAAACUGCGACGGCGACGCCGAAGUGGCACUACAGAAGAUGGAAAAGAGAAAGCCGAACUUCAUGCGGUACGGCCGAUCGGCAGGUGAGUGCGAAAAGAGCCCCGCUUCCACUCUGGGCUCUUUUAAGCGCUGGGCAAGAAAGCCGGUUCAGACCCGAACUUCCUCCGAUUCGGACGCUCUCAGCCGAACUUCUUGCGCUUCGGAAAGGCGAGCGGCGACCCGAACUUCUUGCGAUUCGGUGAGUUUGUCCCUUCCCACCGAUUCUCGCCGCUUUUUCUAUCAUUUCAGCAGCGUUUUCAGUGUAUUUGCAGACAAAGGAACCUUUGGUAAAGCUAGUCAGUUAGGGAAUCCUGUUUUUGACGCGCAGACGGCCAGAGAACUGAAAUUUCAGGUCGAAGUGAUCCGAACUUCUUGCGAUUCGGAAAGGCCGCCGCCGACCCGAACUUUCUGAGAUUCGGAAAGAGAUCCGCCGAUCCCAACUUUUUGAGGUGAGCAUCAAGUGCGCUCUGUUGAGAACGCCCGUCGAGCAUUUCAGCGGGUUUUCUAGUCCACCGCUGGGAAAUUACCGAUUUUCGCACAAUUUUUGGACGUUGGCGAAAUUCCGCCAGGAAAUUAGAAAUAUGCACAACUUUUCACAACAAAAUCAAUAGCAACCUCCGAUGUGAGCGAUUUAGAACAUUUAUACCGGGGGAGAGGGAAUUGCGCUCCACUGAAAACCCGUUUCUGCAGAUUCGGGCGAUCGUUCGACAAUUUCGACCGCGAGUCCCGUAAACCAAACUUCCUCCGCUUCGGAAAAUAA